AUGAAGUUCAUAGUUUUUCCCAAAACUAGUUCAGAUACUAAUCAAGAUACGAGUAACGAAGAGAGAACAAGUGGUAGUAAAACAGAUAUUUCAAGUAAUACUGAUGAUAUUGUACAUAUUGCUGAUAUUUUUAAAGCAACAUCCAGACAAUUUUUUGAGUGGUUUAUAUCUGUUGAUUUUAUAAUAUUAGUAGUAAUUCCAUUUACAAAUAAAUGUGCGCGUAAAUAUGAACGUGGGUGGAGCAAAGUUGAUAAAGGUCCAUUUCAACGAAAAAUACCCAGAAAGCCACAUCCAAUUGGAUGUGAAUUUAAAACUCUUGCAAAUACUCAAAUCAAUUUAUUUUUAAGAUUAGAUCCAGUAGAACCUUCAGAAUUAGUAGAACAAUUAUCACCAAUUUAUGGUUUGGUAGCAUAG